CGCGCGGCGGCGCAGCGGGGACCCGGGGCCGCCCGCGCGAAGCCCCGCCCCGGCCGCCGAGCCCCGCGCGGGCGGGCGGGAUGCCCCGCGGCCACCGCACUUUGGCCGGAGCGCUGCCCUGAGCGGGCCCCGGCCGCGCGGCCGCCGCGGGCGCCAUGGAGCAGUGGCGGCAGUGCGGCCGCUGGCUCAUCGACUGCAAGGUCCUGCCGCCCAACCACCGGGUCGUGUGGCCCUCGGCGGUGGUCUUCGACCUGGCGCAGGCGCUGCGCGACGGCGUCCUCCUGUGCCAGCUGCUGCACAACCUGUCCCCCGGCUCCAUCGACCUCAAGGACAUCAACUUCCGGCCGCAGAUGUCCCAGUUCCUGUGUUUAAAGAACAUCCGCACCUUCCUGAAAGUCUGCCACGAUAAAUUUGGACUACGAAACAGCGAGCUGUUUGACCCCUUCGACCUCUUCGAUGUCCGAGACUUUGGGAAGGUCAUCUCUGCCGUGUCCAGACUCUCCCUGCACCACGUGGCUCAGAACAAAGGGAUCAGGCCCUUUCCCUCGGAGGAGACCGCGGAAAACGACGAUGAUGUCUAUCGCAGCCUGGAGGAGCUGGCCGACGAGCAUGACCUGGGGGAAGACAUCUAUGACUGUGUCCCGUGCGAAGAUGAGGGCGACGACAUCUACGAGGACAUCAUCAAGGUGGAGGUACAGCAGCCCAUGAUCAGAUACAUGCAGAAGAUGGGCAUGUCCGAGGACGACAAGAGAAACUGCUGCCUGCUGGAGAUUCAGGAGACCGAGGCCAAGUACUACCGGACCCUGGAGGACAUUGAGAAGAACUACAUGGCCCCGCUGAGGCCGGUGCUGAGCCCGGCGGACAUGACGGCCAUCUUCAUCAACCUGGAGGACCUAAUCAAAGUGCAUCACAGCUUCCUGCGGGCCAUUGACGUGUCCAUGAUGGCAGGGGGCAGCACUCUGGCCAAGGUCUUCCUGGACUUCAAGGAGAGGCGUUUGGGGCUGACGCCACUCUGCCCUGAGAGAGGGAGUGCCAAGACCCCGGCGGAGAGCGUCGGCGUCACACGGAAGCAACAAGGGUUGACCUCAGGGGCCACCACCCCGGGCAGGUGCACAGCCAGGAUGGACCUCCGUGCUCAGACCUACAGGCUCCUGAUCUACGGGGAAUAUUGCAGCCACAUGGAGCACGCCCAGAACACGCUGAACCAGCUCCUCGCCAGCCGGGAGGACUUCCGACAGAAGGUCGAGGAAUGCACUCUGAAGGUCCAGGACGGGAAGUUUAAGCUUCAGGACCUGCUCGUGGUCCCCAUGCAGAGGGUGCUCAAGUAUCACCUGCUCCUGAAGGAACUCCUGAGCCACUCCGCGGAUCGGCCCGAGAGGCAGCAGCUCAAAGAGGCACUGGAAGCCAUGCAGGACUUGGCGAUGUACAUAAACGAAGUUAAGCGGGACAAGGAGACCCUGAAGAAAAUCAGUGAAUUUCAGAGUUGUAUAGAAAACUUGCAGGUGAAACUGGAGGAGUUCGGGAGGCCGAAGAUUGACGGGGAACUGAAGGUCCGGUCCAUAGUCAACCACACGAAGCAAGAUAGGUACUUGUUCCUGUUUGACAAGGUGGUCAUCGUCUGCAAGAGGAGGGGCUACAGCUAUGAGCUGAAGGAGGUCAUCGAGCUGCUCUUCCACAAGAUGACCGACGACCCCAUGAACAACAAGGACGUCAAGAAGUCUCAUGGGAAAAUGUGGUCCUACGGCUUCUAUCUAAUCCACCUCCAAGGAAAGCAGGGCUUCCAGUUUUUCUGCAAGACAGAGGACAUGAAGCGGAAAUGGAUGGAACAGUUUGAGAUGGCCAUGUCAAACAUCAAGCCAGACAAAGCCAAUGCCAACCACCACAGCUUCCAGAUGUACACUUUUGACAAGACCACCAACUGCAAAGCCUGCAGGAUGUUCCUCAGGGGUACCUUCUACCAGGGCUACCUGUGCACCAAGUGUGGUGUCGGGGCGCACAAGGAAUGUCUGGAAGUGACCCCUCCCUGCAAGAUCAGUUCUCCUGCAGACCUGGACGCCUCUGGAGCAGGACCGGGUCCCAAGAUGGUGGCCGUGCAGAAUUACCAUGGCAACCCUGCUCCCCCUGGGAAGCCAGUGCUGACCUUCCAGACGGGUGAUGUGAUCGAGCUGCUGAGGGGCGACCCCGAGUCUCAAUGGUGGGAGGGUCGGCUGGUGCAGACCAGAAAGUCAGGCUACUUUCCUAGCUCGUCCGUGAAGCCCUGCCCCGUGGAUGGAAGGCCGCCCGUCAGCCGACCGCCCUCCCGGGAGAUCGACUACACGGAAUACCCCUGGUUCGCAGGCAACAUGGAGAGACAGCAGACAGACAACCUGCUGAAAUCGCACGCCAGUGGGACCUACCUGAUCAGGGAGCGGCCGGCCGAGGCGGAGCGCUUUGCCAUAAGCAUCAAGUUCAACGAUGAAGUGAAGCACAUCAAGGUGGUCGAGAAAGACAGCUGGAUCCACAUUACAGAAGCGAAGAAGUUUGAAAGCCUCUUGGAGCUGGUGGAGUACUAUCAGUGCCACUCGCUCAAGGAGAGCUUCAAGCAACUGGACACCACGCUCAAGUACCCCUACAAGUCACGGGAGCGCGCGGCCUCCAGGGCCUCCAGCCGGUCCCCAGCUUCCUGCGCCUCCUACAACUUUUCUUUUCUCAGUCCUCAGGGCCUCAGCUUUGCCUCCCAGGGCUCCUCCGCUCCCUUCUGGUCAGUGUUCACACCCCGCGUCAUCGGCACGGCCGUGGCCAGGUACAACUUUGCUGCCCGGGAUAUGCGUGAGCUCUCACUGCGGGAAGGCGACCUGGUGAAGAUAUAUAGCCGCAUUGGCGGGGACCAGGGCUGGUGGAAGGGCGAGGCCAACGGACGGAUCGGCUGGUUUCCUUCAACAUAUGUGGAAGAGGAGGGCAUCCAGUGACGACGACAACACGGACAGGGCUCGUGGAUUUUCUUCGAAGAGUCCAGCUCUGAAGUCUGUCUCUAGCUCUGUGACUCAGAGGGGACACGCCCGCCAACCUUCCAGUCUUCAGCAGCCCAUGGGGAUGGGGAGGGUGUUCAAAAUCCUACAUGCAAACCGGCCCACCUUCAGUCUGCCCUCGGUGGCCUGUCCUGGGUACGCUACUUGUACAUAGAGGAGAGCCGGGCCAGCCCUGUCGUGACGGCCACCACCAGAGCGCCGAGGGGAGGGAGCGCCUGGGGCGUCCCGAGCCAGGCUCUGGGUGACAGCCGAGGCCGGAGCUCACCUGGCCCCUGUCCUGUUGAGACGGCAUUCGGGAGCCGAGGUCUGAACAGCAGGUGCUCCCGGGGAGGACCGGGACGGCAGAGGGGGCCUUCCCCCAGCCCCUUCUGCUCAGCCCUGGACGCUCAGCCUGCCUGCUUCCUGCCGCUCCCGGGGGGCAGCCUCGGGCCCAGAGAGUCAGAAGGGACCGGAGCCAGGCCGUUUGCCGCAGCCCGUGCUCAGCCCCAGCUGUGCUCAGGUGUAGUAGAAGAGAGCAUCGCUAGGGGGUCCGCGCGGGCCCCCUUGACUCCUCGUGGCCCUCCGCGUGAGGGGCGUGCAGGCUCCGCCCGGGGAGGGGGUCCCUCUCUCAGGAGGGGGCCUGAGCGAACGAUGAAGGGGCCGACCCUCCUCCGCAGCCAACGGUACUGUUCCUGCCCUGAACCCCAGGAAUGCGUCUGUCCUGUCCUGCUGUCAGGUGGCUACACCUUUUGUAAACCCUGAUGUGGGUGAGAAGUUUUGAAAACAAGAGUUUUCCCCCCCGCUCGGUCCCUGCUGUUCACAUUCCUCUCCAGAAGGAGCCCCCCCCCCGCCCCCGCCCCGGUCCCCCCCCACCCCGGAGUCUCCUGUGUCGUGCGGGGUGGUUCCCCACCGGUACCGGCCCUUGCGAGACUUCCUCCUGCCGCCCCGAACUGGGCCUGUGGCCAGCUCGAAAUAAGUGCUCUUGGGGGUGGCCCCCCUGCCCCCCCGAACUCCCCCUCCUGACUCCCCCUGGCCUUUGACCUCUGGCUCUCUCGUCCAGACCCUCUCCCUCCCUCGGCCUGGAUGUUGCACGAGACCUAGCGGCGCCACCUCCCUGCGAGCUCCGUGCCAAAGCUGCUGGUGAAACCUGGGCUGUGUGUGUCCCCUGCCCCUCGGCCAGCUGCCCUGCCCCCUGCAGGGCGCGGGGACCGGGCAAGGCCGGGCGUGGGGAAGGCCAGCCCCUGCUGCCGUGGCUGCUGUUGCCCCACUGCACCCUGGGGUUCCUCUGAAGUCAGCCGUGUGGCCUCCAGGCUCAGCUCACACGCGCAGUGUCCCGGCCCGGGGAGGAGGCAGGGAGGGGUCAGGGACGGUCAGCAGCCAGGGGAAGAGGGAAGGUGGUCCGCAGAGGCUUGAGGCGCGAGGGUGAACAGGAUCGUGUUGGGGGGCAGAGGGACACGGGGAGGGAAGCAGAGAGUUGGCCUCGGAGAGAGCAGCCCCGAGUCCCCCUCGUCAGGGCACAUCCAGCACUUUGCACACGCAGCCCUCUGCCGAUGGCCCAGCCACGAGCCUGGGGGGUGUGGGGGGGGGGGACCCAGCCGGCCCCUUUCGUGUUUACUGUUGUCAAAAGGGUUUUGUUUCUCGUUUCGAUUGUUUUGUUUCCGGUUUGGCCUGUUUGUUUUUUAAGGGGAAAAAGUUUGUAAUUAUUUCCUCCAAAGCUCCCAUUAUAUAUCUGUGAAUAAGAAGGAAGAUAUUUUAUAAGAGCAAGAAAAUGAUGUAUAUUUGAGGUUAUCGUGAAACGAGGCGUCACGACAACGCAGGACACUGAGAAAACAUAAUUUAGAACGCUGGCUUUUGUGAAUGUUUUGUUUUUGUUUCUCGUUUGUUUUGAAACGUGUCUGGUUUGGGUUUGCACUGCAUGAACCCGGAGGGGAGGCAGGCCGGGGGCAGGCUGGGAAGCGGGGGUGGGGGGUUUCGGCAGGAGACAGGACGAGCUCCGGAGGGGCUUUGGACCCGGGGCCUGACAUUAGCUGUGAACACUUAGGAGCCCGGUGCAUGCGGGUCAGGGGUCUGGGGGUCCCACAGCUGGUGACGACCCCCCAGUGGGACGCAAACUGUACAUUUGCCAAUAGGUUUUUUCAGACCACGGUUUUUACUGCAAAUAAACCUAAGUUCUUUUCUGCA